AUGUGCCACGGCUCUGAGGGCACCGCGGAGGAGAACACCACAUUCGUGACCGUCAUAAAGUGCAUGGGGCAUUGGACGGAAGCUGGUGGCAACUACAGUGCCUAUGAGCCCGUGGGCGCCACGGCCUCCUGCAGCGGCGCCGUCCACCAGAAGACACUGGCCUGCGUGGAUGUGGACGAGCAGCCUGUGUUCCUGGCCACCGAAUACGGCUGCGCGUUGAAUUUCAGCUACGAGGUUGUCAACAAUGGUGAAGCAAGGAACUCGUCCACCGUAUGCCAGGGAGUGGAGAGCGUCACGGAGAUAUCGAGUGCCAGCCCACCUGACGGCGACGUAACAAAGGAGAACUUGCAAUCCAUGCUCGAGGACGUCCUGCCCGACGGCGAUUCUAGCAACGCCCCGGACUCGCCGGACGACCAGAACGUCGUCGACCUGCAGUCGCUCCUCGACCUGGGGGACGUCGCCAUCACGUGCAACGGGCAGGACACGUCCCUGCUGGCCCCCUGUCACGGCACCCUGCAGAUCGCAGUUGAGGGGCCCAAAGCCAACACAACGGAAAGUUGCAAGGGCUGGUGGUUCCCGGUGCCCGCUCCCGGGCUCAUCUUUGCCUGCACCGGCGAGUGGGCCGUGGAUGCGAGCAGCGCGGCCGGAGCAGAGGCGCAGGACUGCAUGGGGCACACUGUCCUGGAGACCAGGGUGUCGCUCGCUCAUGGGCACCACUUUCGGGGGGCUCGAGAGUUGUGCAUCGGGAGCUCCAGGAGGUGGGGGCUGGCGAAGGCGGAGCAUCAUUGGGACGACGCGCCCGUGGCUUCCACCUAG